AUGGACAUUCAGCAUAUGACGGAGGCAGCACAGAAGCACGUGACAUUCCUCAACCCUCUUCUGGAGACACUGAAAGAUGUGGACAAGGGACAGCUGCCUCUCAUUGAUGAUCCAGAUCAGAUCAAGUCGUUGGAGGAGAUGGUCCCCAUGAAUUUGCAAGCCAUCGCCAAAGAAUUGAUGUCUGCUGAGUCUGCUGCUGAUGAUGAGUCACCGCCACCGACAUCAAUGCUGGCAGGAACCGCUCUGACAUCAGCCUUGGAUGCCAUACCCAGUCUACUAGACUCCCGUGGGGAUAAGACCUUGACCGAGGUGAUGGCUUGGCUUCAAGGCCUUUGGGGGUCAAAUGGAUCUCCAUCGUUCCAGGUUGGAGUCUCCGAAGCUGAUCGCAAGAACUUGCAAGCUUUGAAGACGACAGGAGUCUUGAACAUUGUUCCAAAAAAGUUUCAUGCGUUACGUCUUCUCAUUGAACUCCUGGGUGAGACGGCCAACUUUCCCGUGACUCCUUUGCGGCAGUUCCUUGAGCGGGCCUUUGCCUUCUCCACCACUUGGGCGGAAGCAGCUGCCAAUGCAGAUGACGGCAAACUCUCUGAGUCGAAGUCACUCCAGCUUGGAACCAGCUUGUAUUCCGAUUUGAUGAAGAUCGCCUUCCCAGACCCCAGUGACUCCAGUGGCUCAGGUCCCAAGGACGAGAAUGGGAUUGGCAAGUUGACCCAGGAAGCUUGUGAGAGAUUGCGCCAGCAGCUGGAUACCCUUGGCAUGAAGUGGCUCAAGGACAUGGCCAACGACAACAGCAGCGACAGUUCCAAGCCACUUUCUGAUAUCGCUGCUGGGACCAUCGUGAGCCCAACACCACGCUUGAAAGAUGCCAUUGCAACCUGCAGACUCAUCCCGCAGAUCAGCAAGAUCCAAAGCACCUCCAAGGAGCUUCAAGGUGGUGAGUCAACAUUCAGCAGCCUGGGCGAUGUUCUUUCGCUGUAUGUGAUGGCUAGCUCAAUGGACGCAGGACUGAUGGAGGCCAUCUCACCUUCCUCCAUCGAAGCUUGCACCAGCUUUCAGAAAUGUGUGGAUCAGACCUUCCGUGAUUUGUGCGCUACCUUUCUGCAGAAUGCAGACCAAUUCAAGAUCCUGGCGGAGAAGUACGA